UACAGUUAUUCAUUUACAGAAAGUUACCAUACUUUUGCCAGCUAUUUUCCCAACUAGUAUCCUAUGGUGAAUCGACAAUCGGAAUCGGACAUAUCACGAGCAAAGUGUGUUAUUUCUUUCCACUAAAAGAUCUGGAUGCAAAUGUUUAUGUUGUGAUUUUUAUAGGUGAGGAAAGUGCUAGCGGCUUUUGUGCCGAGGAGGAGUGGAAUCGGUGAGGUAUACCGAGUGCCCAGGCAAGAGAGUGCAUCCGUAAGAAAUCCAUGCUUGUGCUGAAAGAGUGUCCAAGUGGGACUAGUGAACUCUUCUCUAUUCACAAGGAAGAAGCUGGUAAUGUACUGCUAGAAGGCUCCCAAAGCGAGAAUACCCUUGGAAAUGUGUUCAACAGAUGACAAAUCUGUUCAAAAGCUUGUGGUGACAAAUCAUUGUGGACACAUCAUUAAUACUCUGAAAACAUUUUGCACAGAUGGAAUAUUAACAAAUGUUACUUUUGUGACUGGGACAACCAAAGUUUGUGCUCAUCUUCCUAUAAUCCAGUGCUUCAGUUCACAUAUACUAGACUGCCUCUGUGAUGAAGUAUACUCAGUGUACAUUUCUGAUACAAAAAUCGAUUCUCAUAGCCUGAAGUUAGUGAUUGAUUAUUUUUAUACAGGAGUAGUUGUAGCACCUAAUGAACUUAAAAGUCAGUUUGAUAACAGUGCUAAAUUUUUUGACAUCAAUUUUGUGGCUGCAAGGAAAGAUGUGAAGCAAGAAGGAAUUUACUACACGUUACCCAACUACCCUGAAACAAUACUACAGGAACUGUGGGACUCACGAAUUGAUCCUUCAAAGUGUGAUGUUAUAUUUGUAACAAGUGGUUAUGUUCAGCUGCAGGCUCACUCUUGCAUUUUAGGUGCCUGCAGUCCCUAUUUGCUACACAUUUUUCAAGAACAUCGAAAAGAAAAACAAAAACCAUUUCUAUUUGUACUGCCAAAUGUGACAGAGGAUGACUUACAAAUUGUGCUUGAGUUUUGUUAUAAAGGAUUUGUGGUGAUUAGCAAUGAAAAUUCAAGAUCUGUGUACAAAACAGCAAAGCUUCUAGGUGUCGAAAAUCUUUGUGAAAAACUUUCCUUAGCAUUUCCCUAUGUUUUAGAAGUUAUGCAAAAAGUUGUAAAUUCAAGAGAACAGAGUAGGAUAAGAACAUCAUUUGGGGCAUGUGAGGAGUCUGGUAUUGUAAGAAAUCCCCUGCAGGACUUGUUUUAUUCUCUGUUGCAGUGUGGAAAUUUAGUUGAUGUUUCUAUAUAUGUGGAAAAUUCUAAACUUGAAGCUCACCUCCUUAUUUUAAGCGUUUUUAGCACACUCUUCAGAAAUAUCACAAGCAAACUCAAAGACAAAUUGAGCCAUACAAUUGUGCUGAUUAGUGGCUUAAGAAUCCAACAUAUACAAGCUUUCAUUGAUUAUAUAUAUAGGGGGGAAGCAGAAUUUCCUGGCAGUGUGUCUGAUUUCUGUAAAUUCAUGUCUGAAUGGUUGGAUUUUGAUUUGCUCCCAGUGUGUGAGAAAAACAGCGUAACAACGCAGUACGAUAAUACGGACUCCGACACAGUUAAUGAGACAUCAUCCAGUGAAAACGUCACAAACAUAUACUCAACGGAGAAGACUAUAUUCUCAGAGAAUGAAGAUACUACUGAAGGAAAGGCAUCACCACCUGACACACGGCCUGUUUCAGAAGAAGAAGAAGAAGAAGAAGAUGAUGAUGAUGAAGAAAUCCUGGACAACUUUAAUGAAUAUCAAAACAAUUUGGGGCUGGUGUGUCACAGUUGCAAUGAGACAUUUCCAAAUCGGCAGCAGUUUAGACAGCAUCUGAAAAUUCAUCCUGAUGCUAAAAUGAUAAAAUGUAAAUAUUGUGGCAAAGGCUUUGAAAAACCCAGUCAGAUGAGACUGCACAUUCGGAUUCACACUGGAUCGAAGCCAUUUCAGUGUGACGUGUGUGGUAUGAGGUUUGCUGCAAAAAGUUCACUCACUAAACACAGAAAAACUCAUACAAAAGACAAGUCAGUGUUGUAUGCUUGUGAUGUGUGCAAUAAAUCCUUUAGUCGAAAGGAGUACGUGACAGAACACUUACGAACUCACACUGGCAGUAAACCGUACGAAUGCUCCAUAUGUCAUAAAGCAUUCGUCGGAAGGACAGGUCUCAAUCAUCAUAAAAAAAUCCACACAGACAACAAUUCUAGGAAAAGUACUGUGUGUGAGAUAUGUGGUAAAAACUUUACACGUCACGCACUGUGGACACACAUGAAAUCGCACAAUAAAACUCAUCGUUGUGAACUUUGCGGUAACUUAUUUUCAACUAAAACUGCUUUAAAAAUACAUAUUGCUGGCUCUCACUUAGGUCAUAUGAGCCACCAGUGUGAUAUCUGUGGAAAAGGUUUUAUGCAGAAGAACCACCUGCUACGGCAUAUGGACACACAUAUAAGAGAAGGUCAAGAUGAAGACAAAUUUUCAUGUGACAGCUGUGAAAAGAAGUACAAAACUGAAGAAAAACUGAAUUCUCACAGAAUUCGUGAGCAUUCUAAACCUGGUGAACGCCCCUACUCGUGUAACAUAUGUAACAAGAAGUUUUCAGGUCGCAGCACAGUGAUUUACCAUCGGCGGUCCCACACCGGUGAACAACCACACGAGUGCACCACUUGCGGCAAAACCUUUACUCGCCCUGACGCACUGCGACAGCACACACGUUCCCACACAAAUGAACGGAAGUUUACCUGUUCAGUAUGUAACAAGAAAUGUUCCAGCAGAGAUACGCUAAACAAGCACCUCCAGUCCCACAAGGGCACAGAAGACAAAGGUGAUACCACUAAUGCUGAUAACGUUCCACCUGACGAAUGUGAGAAAGUAUGUUCAUUAGACAGAGACCAGUGUUCACAUUCCACACUGCACACAUCCUCAAGACCCCAUCGCUGCAACAUUUGCCGAAAAUCCUUUCGUUACCGUGACAGUUUAGUUAAGCAUACCCAGAUACACUCGUCAGUUAGCCUGCAGUUACCAGGAGCAAAUGAAUUACCCAGUCUGUUUUCAUUUCAUAUGUGUGAGCAAUCGUACACUCAGGACUGUGAUGAAGAAACUCAGAAAAAUACCAGUUUUUGCACUGUAACUGAAUUGUUAAACCACAAUGAAGCACAAGAAUUAAGUGUCUCUUCAGCAGCCGUAACUGAUAGCAGUCUUGUUUCCGAACUGAAAAAUACUGCUUCAGGAUCAGUAGCAACGCGGAGGCCGUUCAGUAUAACUAUUGAUGGAAAUCUGUGCUGCAAUUCUGAUGUGUUGUUACCUACUGAUGAUAGUAUAGUAGCAUUAGUGCCUGCUCUUUCACAAGAAGUGUCUGAUCCCAUUGCAAAAGACCCACACAAUGACAAAGAUCAAAGCACUGCAAUUACAGAACAAUCUCCUGCAGUUGCAACAACAGACAGUGAUAAUGUACCACAAUCGGAGCCAUGUUUCUCAACAAUACUUUCAAAGUCGUUUGAACUCCAGGCCAUCUGAUGUUUGAUAUACAUUUUCUUCAGGGCAUAAAAAAUGACUGUAGACCUGAAAUUAUUCUUUUUGUAACUUUCUAUAAAAUGUUUUCGGAGUACACUUUUAUGCUCUCAAAUUUUAUUUCACCUGUAAUAAUCUCCCAAAGUGCAUAGUGGCAGUAAUACACAAACUACUCAACAAAGUACAAUACAGCUUUUAACACAUUCUUUAUUAAAAUCAAGGUAUAAAAAGUAACCCUACUUGAGUGUAUCACUGAAAAGAUUGUCUUUUUCUCUUACUCAAUUAAACAGUAUCAGCCAUGUACCAUUUACUGCAAAAAGUUACAACUUCAAAGCAAAGGAGUGCACCGAUGUGUGCAUCUGAAGAGUUGGUAACAUACAAGAAAUGCUCUGGAAGACCAGGUGAGGCACUUCUGGUUAGCUGCCAGCAAGAAAACUGCUCUCAGAGGGCAAGAGCCAACACUGAAAUGCAGACCCACAGACAGUUUUAAUCUGUCACAACAUUUCAUUAACUGUACGCUCACCACUGCAAGGUACCAACUCUCACUGUACAAGUUCCUGUAAUGAGUGUGAGACGCUGGGUAGAAAUCAUCUGAUUGCAUACAUCGUGCACCUACUGACCUGAUGGCAUUUCUGUAAA